AUGCCAAGUUACCUACUGCUGCUUGCCGCGAUUGCCCUCUCCCCCCUAUGUGCACAUAAAGGGGAGGCAACCGCCAAGUACAGCUACAUAACCCGCAGAAGCAACGUACCAGUGGGCAGAAUAAAAAAUCUGAAAAAGGCAAAAACGAAGUUACGCCUAUCCCCCGGUGAACACAACCAACACGGGAUCAGCAUCCCGUCAAUGUUACUCUCCAAGAGAAUCAUAUUUCUCUCAUCUCCAGUGUACCCCCACAUAUCCGAGCAGAUAAUCUCUCAGCUCCUCUACCUGGAAUAUGAGUCCAAGAGAAAGCCAAUCCAUUUAUACAUUAACAGUACAGGCGAUUUGGAAAAUAAUAAAAUUAUAAACCUUAACGGAAUGACAGAUGUGAUAUCCAUCAUCGAUGUGAUAGAUUACAUUUCGUCUGAUGUGUACACGUACUGUUUGGGGAAGGCGUAUGGCAUUUCUUGCAUUUUGGCUAGCAGUGGGAAAAAGGGGUUUCGUUUUUCCCUUAAAAACUCGUCGUUUUGCCUGAACCAGUCAUACUCGGUUAUCCCCUUCAACCAAGCCACGAACAUUGAAAUACAGAACAAGGAAAUUAUGAACACCAAGAGGAAGGUCGUCGAGAUUAUUGCCAACAACACGGGGAAGGAGAAGAGCCACAUCGAGCGUAUUCUAGAGAGGGACCGCUACUUCAGUGCCCCCGAGGCUGUGCAGUUCAACUUGGUGGACCACAUCCUCGAGAGGGAGCACAACUCGAUCAGGAGAAGAGGGACAAUCGCCUGGGCCAGGAAACUCUCCUCCUCGCACGAACGGGCCACCAAUUUUGGCAAAAAGAAGGCGAAAAAUGGGAGUAAAGAAAUCGGGAAGGGAGACACCAAGUCGAUUGACCACCCCGCAGACGAAAAACCGUCUAACUUUCAAGAGCACAAUGGAGGGUCAAAAGGAAUACUCACCCAGAUGGGUAGCAAAAAUGGGAACAAACAAAUGGCAGGGGAGCUGCCCAAUUUAGUGCUGGCAAUUUUGAAGGAAAAAUCAUCCCAACAGUCAGAAAAAAAAAAAACGCUAAUAGAUCAGUACAAACAAAUUGUGUCUGCACGAUUGGAGGGGGGAUCCCAGAAUGGUGAAGGCAAAAAAGACGCCCCCAAUUUUGCGGACAUUUUUUCCACCCUCUAUUUGUGUUACGCGGAAAAGAUAUUCGACUUGGACUUCGUGACCAAAGUGAGUGCCGCGCUGGAGGGGCUGCUCGGCGGGCAAAGCGGUGGACACGGUGGACGCGGUGAAGGGGGGAGAGACGCGCUGAACGAGGCCACAAUCAACCACUGCAUGAUGAUGUUCCACUACCUAUCCGCGUUAAAUGUCAAAAAUGUAACCUUGUGCAACCAGGUGAGAGACUACAUCGUAAGCCACGAGGUACCCCCCCUGGUCAUCUACCAUUACUUGGAGUGUCUCAGUCUGCUAGCCGACUCGUCCGACAGAAGCGGCAAGAGCAAUCUGCGCGAUUACGUCAUUCCCGUCGUAGAUGUCUUUCUGGAAAGCUUUUACAUCUUCAACAACUACCUCCUGCUGCGCAUUCUGCACUUCCUACACAAACUGGGCUUCAUGGACACAGAACUGUUUCUCCUGCUGACGAGGAAGAUAAAUAAAAAUGUCUAUCGGGAGAAUGCAAACCGGUUUGAGUUGUGCUUGCUGGCGCGUACGUACGCCCUGUACAAGAAGGAAAACAUCACCUUCAGUAACUACCUGUGCGAAGAUUUGCUGCGCAGCUUGACCAAGUACGAGGACAACUUUCAGGGCGACCAGGAUGGCCCGGUUAGCCAACCGGAUAGCCAACCAGGUAGCAUCCAAGUUAGCCACCCAGAUAGCCACCCAGAUAGCCACCCAGAUAGCCACCCAGAUAGCCACCCAGAUAGCCACCCGGAUAACCAACCAGAUAGCCACCCGGAUAACCAACCAGAUAGCCACCCGGAUAACCAACCAGAUAGCCAACCCGAGAACGCCCCCUACGUGCUCGAAAUCGAAAACGUCAACCGGCAGAACUACCCCCUCUUUGGGCACCCCCUGUACAACGACGGGCUGAACUUCUACGCCUUCUUCGUCGACGCGAAGACAACCAACAGGGAAAAGUGCUUCGAACGGAAAAACAAUUUGCACGUUACUUUCAUAAACGGCGAUGUUAGCGAGAAAGAGCGACAGGGGACCCCUCCACGCAUGUCCGAGUGGCACAAGCUAUUCCUUUACGAUGAGUACAAAGAGAAGGAUAUAAAAAACGAACCAUUCGUUAAAUUGGAGGACACACAAAAAAAGGGUCGACAAAUGGUUCAAUCGUACAAUCAAUUUUUAGCGGAAAAUCUGCACUUCCAAUUUAGCCAUAAGAAAAUUGCACAGCUGUUUGAACAGGUGAGCGAACUUAUGGAUAAGGUCAAAGUGGACUUCUCAACCGAUGCGGAGGCACACACAGAAAUGGAUGACCAAGCUGUUCACCAGUACAAGAAAAAAAUUCUUUAUGUUGAAAAUUAUUACAUUGGUCAUAUAUUUCACAUAGUAGACUCUUUGCUAUCUUUGAAGGCACACCACAAUUGUGCUACAUUCAAAAAAAUGGAAAGUAAAAUUCUGAACGCUAUAAAAAAUAAUGAGCUGUACAUAAUUGACAAUUUUGACAGCGACGAAAUUAAAAGCCUCUUAAUUUUUUUAUCUCACACGAAUAGGAAUUACAAAGAGGCAUUUAUUUACGGCCUGACGCAUCGAAUGGUGGAUCUGUACAUUAAUAACUUGUGUCGGCCCAACACACUGUCCACAUUUUUUUAUUUCCUGUUGAAUUUUACAAAACAAAGAGUUGUUAGGAAGAACAGAUUUAACCACACCAUAAGGAAUGUCAUAUAUAAUAGCUAUUCCUGGUUGAAUGACAAUAAAAGCGUUUUAAAUCUGACCGCUGCCAUCGAUGCCGCAAACUCAGAGGAAAAACAAAACAGUGACGCACGUCGCGUUAUCAAAGCGAAAAAUUACUCCCUGCUCCAAGUCCUCUCCAUGCAUGUGUGCAAAAAUGUCUAUUUCAUGAGCCUCUCAACGCUAGCCUCCCUACUCAGAUCACUGUCCUACUUGUUCUUCACCGAUGCCAAUUUUUUUAAUGUGUUCAUACCGUUGUUUAUGAAGCACAUGGCGGAUCUCAGCAACGUGGACAUUUUGAACAUAACUCAGGCCUACAACAAGCAAAAGAUCCAAAACAAAUAUUUCUACUACUUGCUGGCAAAGCAGUACCAGAGCAACCGUUCCGAGGAAACGAAAAAUGCAGACCCGAAAAUUAGGCUAGUUGGCUAG